UGAUUUUUUAAUUUUAAACUCCCAAAACGUAAUGUGAAAGGUAUUCGAAGUACUUUGUCAUGCUAUUAAUAUUAUUCUUGGCGUAUACUGUACAAAAAGACAGCAAAAACCGGCUUAAUGUCACUAAAAAUAAGUUAUGUGUUUCCACCAAAAACCUGUCAAGUUGAUAAGCAUGCGAAGUUUUCGUUAAAAGCUAAUAAACUUUUACAAAUUUAGAAAAAAAUAAAAAUAAAAAAACAAAAUGUGAUGCAAAAAAAAGUAUAAAAAUUAUGGCCAAAUCCAAAACAUCGACCAAUGUGUUUCGUUAAUUGUCUUUGAGAAGUUGCUGAUUAAACUUGUUCUGAUACAGAAUGAAAUACCUGUGUUUGCUAAUUUGUAUUAGCGUGACAUGUACCGCUCCAGUGAACGAAAAUAAUCCUGGUGCUGUUGAUGGGUUAGUGGAACUCGUUGAUAAUGUGGCCUUAAAAAGAGAUAAGCUUCCAACAAAAGAGCCAAAAAUAGUUACAAUUCUCGAAUCAGGUGCGCAACAUAAGCUGGAUGGAUCGUACAGUUUCCAUUAUCGUGGAGCUGAUGGCAGUUUUCGCGAAGAGAUUGCCGUCGUGAAAAAUCCUGGCACCAAACAGGCCUACUUGGAAGUCAGUGGAGCCUAUUCAUUUAUUGAUGUGGAUGGCGAAGAAAUAACGGUUAAAUACAAGGCGGAUAAUCGCGGUUUUGUGCCGGUAGGCAGCAAUAUACCUGAAACGAUUUCGGUAUCUGCUAAAGAGAAUAGCGAACGUCCCGCGCCUCCUACUGAAAAUUUUGACGAAAUUAAUGAUGAUGAAGUUUAAAUAGUAUAUUACAAGAAACGUUUAUUAUUAUUUGUUUGUUUAUUUCUUCUAAAAUUAACUAAAUUAGAGUUGACCUCUUUGGGAGGUACCUACGUACGGU